UGGACGCGGGCGUCUGCAUAACAAUCAAAGGGCACCCUCGGAUAGCUGCAGCGAUGCUUGUUCAGACCGUAGUGUAACUUGGAAUACGGCCUGGUACUGUGGUACCUCUCAAUAAUGCUCUGCAGUUUUUGGUCUUCGAGACAAAGACAAAGGAAUUGACAGGAAGCAAGGGCCUGACGCUCGCGACGGCAGAUUCCAAGUUGUAAGGGCGGAGGUCCGUCAGGCACAUGCAACAACUGUCAUUGGAUGUAUCCCAACCCACCGGCCUUCUUUUCCUUGUGAAUUCCAACGCCACAAUCCAUCAAGUGCCGGACCAAAACGCCACAGCAAAGGAUCCUUGGGACCAGGCCACACUUGGUAAAGCUGUCAGCGUCCAUGGCCAAAUCACCCGCCUGGCUUGGGCCGUCAGGUGGUCAAGGGCGGGUGUCCACCGACCGGGAUUGUUCCAAGUUCCGCCGUCAUGGCCAGAGCCACGUUGGCAGGGAAUGGGCCCGAGUAUCUUGGACCACCGCGAGCAUCGACAAAAGGGAUCGACACGAGGAUCUUGCUGCUUCAAGCGAGAAACGAAGGCCACCUCCACCGCCAUGAAGUAAGAGGUCGGUAAGUCAGGUAGCUUGACUGGCGAGCGACACUGACAUGGGUACACGUACAAACUGGUAGCGAUGAUGUCGUUGUUGCAGCCUUUCCCCAUACCAAUGCCACCGGCUAACAAGUUUCUCUCCCGCCUUGUCAUCAAUCCCUUUCUCGACGGUUGUCCAUUGCUCACAUUACCUUCACCAACCGUCUGUUGACUUGACUUUUCAUUUUCUGUCGUUGUUUGACUCUGCAAGAAACAGAUAGCUUGCAACACAACUCUAUCCUUCCGUUUCACCACUGUGGCCACGUCCAGCCAUGUCAGAGCCACAGCAAACACCGACACCCGAAAAGACGCCCGGCAAGAAACCGAGCCGACCUCCCGCCCCAGAGCGUAGCGUUUCCGAAGUGUCCACCACCUCCGACGACCAAGGAUACGAGUCAAGAUCCAGAUCACAAUCACGUCGAAGGAGGAGACAGAAUCAGCGACAGCGAAAAGCAGCGCAAGGCAAUGCUCAAGCAGGAAAUGCCUCGGCGCAGUCCAUGGCCUCGAUCGACGAGGGCGAGGAAAGUCAACAGCAACAACUAGCACGACAGCCGCAACAGCAACAGCAGCAGCAGCAACAACAACAACAAUGGCUGCAGAACCCGGAUCCUCGCGACAUCACCGAGGCGCAACCUUUUGAGAGAAUAAAGCCUCCUUCUCAGUCGAUGGACGGCCCUGUCACCUAUGCUCGUAUGCUACGGGGUGAAAUCCCUUGGCGGGGAGCACCGCCCACACAACCGCUGGAGACGGCGCGACCAAACGACUCGAAGGACAGCAGUGGGAAAGACCCAAUGGAUCAGGACGGCUUGAAACUGCGCUUGGAGCUGAACCUGGAUAUUGAGAUUGAGCUCAAGGCCAGCAUCCACGGUGAUCUGACACUAGCACUAUUAAAUUGAUCAUCAGAGCUUGAUUUGGAACUGCCCAAAGUCAAGUUGCCCAAGUUGCCCAAACCGCCCAAGCUGCCGAAACUACCUCGCGCUUUGUCGUGACGAACGCAAUACACCCAAGCCCUGGCGUGUUGGGAACAGCGAGCGGCAUGUUGAGGACAUUGGACAAGGGGCCGUCUGUAUAGUUGGGAAAUGAGAUGAUCUGGGCUGUGGCGUUACCGGACUGCAAGCUAUGGAUUAAUUUGGUCAUCAAGUCAUAAUGUAUUACUGAGCUCG